GAAAGAGAUAGGGUUAUAGAGGUAUAGAGCUGCUGCGGUUAUUUCUUCAAGAUGAAGACUCUGAUUAUUCUACAGAUCACUGCAGCAUUAGCAGCAGUGUGUAUGGCACAGCAGGAGUGUGUGAGCGGAGCAUGUUAUCCUCCUCUGGGUGAUUUAUUAAAAGGCAGAGAAACUGUAAUCAGAGCCUCUUCCACCUGUGGGCUCACCGGCAUCGAGGUGUUCUGUACACCAUUAGGACAGUGGAAGAUGAAAUGCUGUCCAUGUGACUCAAGAACUGCAGCAGGUAGAAACACACACACGAUCCACAACGUUCUGAGUAAAGAUGGACCUGAGCGCUGGUGGCAGAGCAAGAAAGAUGUGAGUCCUGUCACUAUAGAGUUGGACCUGAAGCAACUGUUUCACAUCGACAACCUACUGCUGUACUUCAAGGGCCCGAGGCCGGAUGCCCUGGUGAUUGAGAGGACGUCUGAUUGGGGCAGGACGUGGGCUCCAGUGCUCUACAUGGCCACUGAGUGUGAAUCCAGUUUCCCUCACAUCCUCACAAUGAGCGCUGACCUCGACACCCCCCACUGCUACACACUGCCAUCAAACACCAACAACCCCUACCAGGACCAGAGGGUAUAUUUCCAUCCUAUGCUGCAAUACUCCAACAUUGCAGUCCCAAAUGAACAGAAGAUUGAGAGACUGUCGGGCUAUACAGGGUUGCGUGUGAACCUGACUCAGUUUGGGGCGGUGCCUUACACACCUGGCCGACGCCCAUCACGCUUCUAUGCCCUGAAGGAGAUCAAGUUAAUUGGCUCUUGUUUCUGCCACGGCCAUGCUGACCAAUGCCUUCCUGAUCCCACCUCCAAACACCUGCUCAACACAGAGGUAUAUGGUGCAUGUGACUGUCAACACAACACAGUGGGUGUAAACUGUGAGCGCUGUGCUGAUCUUUACAACGACCUUCCAUGGAAACCAGCAGAAAGAGACAACACACACACCUGCAAACGUUGUGAGUGUAAUAACCAUGCCCAGCGGUGUCGGUUUGACCCUGGUGUGUAUGAGCGCAGUGGGAGACGGAGUGGUGGAGUAUGUGAGGAGUGUACACACCACACUACAGGAACACACUGUGAACGCUGCACUGACAACUACUACAGGAACCCUGGCAGCAGCCUGCAGAAACCUGACGCAUGCUUACGGUGUCAGUGUGACAGUGCGGGGUCAGAGGGUGGGCGUCAGUGUGAUGAGGUGACAGGGGCAUGUCUCUGUAAGGAGAAUGUGGGAGGAGCACGAUGUGAGCGCUGUAAAGCCGGACACUACGGCCUCAGCAGUACAAACCCACUCGGCUGCUCCAAGUGCUCCUGCAGUGCAGUUGGUUCCCUCCACAGUGUCUGUGAUGCACUGUCAGGUCAGUGUGUGUGUAAACCAAAUGUGGUAGGAAGGUCAUGUGACCGGUGUGCUGAGGGAUUCUGGAACUUAUCAUCAGGAUGUCUGUCAUGUGACUGUGACCUCAACAACGCCAUCGGCAACACCUGUGACCAGUUGACAGGUCAGUGUGUGUGUCGUCCUGGUUUUGGGGGACGAACCUGCAGCAGUUGUCCAGAAAACAUGUAUGGUGACUCACUAACUGGCUGCAGACCCUGUCUGUGUGACCGUAUGGGUAGUGUAUCCGGGGUGUGUGACCGUCGUACAGGUGUGUGUGUGUGUAAGCCGGGUGUAGUGGGGGACAGGUGUAACAUGUGUGGUCGUGGCCACUGUGUCCAGUUCCCUAACUGCCCCGUCUGUUCCUCCUGCUUCUUCACCCUCGACGCCGAGCUGCAGAACCUCACACUCCACCUGCGCCGCCUCACACACACACUCACACCCACUCAGCCCCCCCGACUCCCCACACACAUACUUCAACGCAUCACAGAUGCACAGCAAACACUUCAGCGAAUCACCAAUGUACUGCAGUGGUUUCCUGAUGACAGAGACCUGUACGACACCCAUACACACCAUCUACACACACUGCGCUCUGAAUUGGACAAAGUGGAAGUGGAGCUGAGGCAUGCAGGUGUAGUUACUACUCCAGACCUGGAGGAGGAGUUGCACAAACUUCAGAAAGAGUUCUCCAAUCUUCAGCUGGAUUACAACACCAAGAAAGAGGCAGCAACCCACUUCAAUGCCUCUAACUAUGCUGGAGUCCUGGAUGCUGUUAAAAAUGCCUUCAGCAGAUCCACAGACUCGGUAAAACGUGCAGACGGAACAGCAGACACUGUGGACAGGUCCACGUCGCUCAGAGACGAAGCCAUUAAAGGCCUGAAUCAGGUUCAGCCAAUCAACACCCAGAACCUGCAAACACUCAGAGAGGAUCUGGCAACCCGUCCUGACCUCACACCUACAGCCAAACUGGUGUGUGGCAGUGAGCGUGUGUUACCCUGUACCCCGCAGCAGUGUGAGGGUGAGUUAUGUCCUGUAGACGGUGUGCCCCCCUGUGUUCAGGGGCAGAAGUGUAUGGGGGCGUUACCAUGGAGCCAGAGGGCUGAGCGAGACACGGUGGCGGUGAAGGACAAACUGCAACAGCUCAACGAGAAGAUCACUCAGGCAUACACACAGAUUCAGAAGUCCCAGGACUCGACCAAUAAGGUGAGACUGUCUGCUGAGGAGCUGUCCAAUCAGGUGACGCGUACCCGCGAUGACAUCAAUGAUGGACUGACCGACAUUAAAGACUUUGUUAAUAAGCUGAAGGACUUCCUGUCAGAACCAGCUUCUGACCCUGCAGCAGUGCAGCGUGUGUGUGAUGGUGUGUUGGGGGUGAAGCUUCCUGAGACAGUUGAAGCCCUGAAGAAGAAGCUAAAGGAGAUUCAGGAUGUAGCUGCCUCUCUGCCAGCCACCAGCAUGGUCCUAAAGAACGCCAGUUCACAGCUGCAGGAGGCAGAAAAAUUACUGCAUAGCGCUAAGAGUGCCAGGGACACAGCUCUGGAUCUACAAGAGAACACUGAUAAGAUUCUGGAGUCGCUGAAUGAUAGUGAGCGCAACCUCGCUGACAUGGAGGAAAAACUGCAGCACAACCUCAACCUUACUGACCAAAUCCAAAAUGACAUCCAGAACGUGGAGGAAGUUCUGCAUCCUGCAGAAGAUUUAGUGAAGAAUGGGUUAAAGGUAUUGGACACCCUGCACCCCCUGCUGGAGCCUCUGAAGGAGGACGUGCAGAAGGGAAGGGAACUAGCAGAAGAUGCAGCAGAAAAGGCAGAGGAGGCAGAGCAUGAGGCCAACACUACAGUACAGGACCUGGAAUUACUGCUGCAGCAGUUGGAAAAACUGAAACAAAAUACAGACAAAAACAAUGACACAGAUGCAGCAGGAAAACGCCUACAGACACUACAGACAGAGGCGACUCACCUGAUUCAGGACACAGCUGAUAUCCUGAACCAACUCACAGAUAAGGAGGCGGGGCUGAGGAGUUUGGGGGAGGAGUUGAUGGAGAACUCUGUGCUGUUGGAGGGUUUGGAGUCUCGAGUGAAAGAUCUGAUUAUAAGCAUUAACAGCAAAGUAAAUAAUCUGAGUGGAUGUGUGGGCUGAGCUACACCCCACCCCCACCCCCACCAUCAACCCCUAUAUUAACCCCUAAUACCCCUCCCACCCCUAUCAACCACCCUCCCAACCCCUAAUACCCCUCCCACCCCUAUCAACCGCCCUCUCAACCCCUAUUACCCCUCUCAACCCCUAUUACCCCUUCCACCCCAUCAACCACCCCUUUCAACCCCUAUUACCCCUUCCACCCCAUCAACCACCCCUCUCAUCCCCUAUCAACCCCUAAAAGAGAUGAGAGAGAUGUGAAUGAGAGAUGAGACUGAGAGGUGAGAGAGUUGAGAGAGAAAAUCAGAUGAGAGUGAGAAAGAGAUGAGAGAGUAAUGAUAAAGAGAUAAGAGAGAGACGAAAAAGAGUGAAAAGUGAUAGAAGGAGAUGUGGAAAAAGAAGAAGAUGAGAUUGAGGUUGUAAGAGCUUCUUCCCUGAAAUCUGGAAUCGAGGUCUAAUAACCUCAAUCUAUAAAAGUGGAGACAAAUUUGACCCCAAUAUCUACUGAGGCAUUUGUGUGAACAGUAAUGUCGGGAAGACGAUGAGUAAAAUCAUGAACUCAAGAUUUCUACACUUUAUGGAUUAUUUGAUACAGUGUUGGAAACUGAUUAGAUUUCUCAGGAGUGUGCAGUAAAACAGAGCUGCUGUUUAAGUCCCACACUCUUUAACAUCUACAAUAACGAUGUGGCCUCCAUAUUAGAGGGUCUGCAGCACCUGGUCUCACUCUACACCACUCAGAGAUUAAACUCCUGCUGUAUGCAGAUCACCUGCUCCUGCUGUCCUCCACUGCUCAGGGUCUACAGCAGAACCUGGACCUGCUGCAGCAGUGCUUUCAGACCUGGACCCUGACAGUCAACCUUAACAAGACCAAAAUCAUCAUCUUCCAAAACAGAUCCCGCUCUCAGGCAACUAAACACCAGAGACUCUGCCAGCAGUAUUUACUGAACACAGUAGAGGCAGAACUGCACUUCCUCACUGAACGCACCAAAUACAACCACAUUCAAACUCAAUUCUUCACCAACAUCAACCAUCAUCCCCAAUUUUAACUCCCUCUCAGCCCCCGACAAACUGCGCCACCUACUGGGGCACCGAGACCCGCACACUCACAGCCCACUACAUACACACCUGCUACCAAGUGAGGGACAGUGUGUGACCAUGUCAUCUAGUGCAUGCAACACACAUAUAUCACAAAAUAUCUUUUUAUUUCCUUUCUACUAUUUAUUUUUAUUUUAUUGUAUUUUAUUUUUAUUUUAUUUCUUUUAGAACUGUAUAGUUAUUAUAGUUAUAUUAUAGAUUAUAUACAGUUUUAUUACAGUUUAUUGAUAUUUCUGAUUGUAAUUUCUCUUAUGUAUCUGUAUGUUCUAUACUUUGGCAAUACGAAUGUCCAUAUUUGUCAACCAAUAAAGCAAACUUUGAAUCUUGA